GACAACCCCAAAGGGAUCGUGGAUCUGUGUCCCAGUUUGGAGCGGGCCCUGCUCGUGUUCCCGGGGCACAAGUGCGGCAGCCUGCAGCUGGUGGACCUGGGCUCGGCCAAGCCGGGCACGUCGUCGGCGCCGGUGACGAUCAACGCGCACCAGAGCGAGGUGGGCUGUGCUGCCCUGAGCCCCCCGGGCAGCCUGGUGGCCUCGGCCUCGCGCCGCGGGACCCUCAUCCGGCACACACGGGGGGUGGGCAGGGGGCCCGAGCCCCCCGAGCCCCCUGACACCCCCCGUGCCCCCCGUGCCAGGCUGGCGCGCGUGGGCAAGGUGGGCCCCGUGCUGGGCCCCUACGUGGAGUCCCAGUGGUCCCUGGCGAGCUUCACCAUCCCGGCCGAGGCGCCCGGGGUGUGCGCCUUCGGCAGGGCCGGCCGCAGCCCCAGCUCUGUCAUUGGGCCGGCCGCAGCCCCAGCUCCGUCAUUGGGCCGGCCGCAGCCCCAGCUCCGUCAUCGGGCCGGCCGCAGCCCCAGCUCCGUCAUCG